AUGAGGCUCACCUCGGCAUCUCUGCUGUUCACCCUGCUGGUCAGCAGCCUCUCUCCAGCCCACGGUGUCCUGGAGGCCUACAACACAGACUUGAAGUGUGAGUGUGUUCAAGAGACCGCGAACUUCAUCCCCAUACGCUUAAUCGAUCGGCUCCAAAUUGUGCCCCCUGGCAAUGGCUGCCCAAAGAGAGAAGUCAUAGUGUGGCUGAAGACUAAGAUAGCUGUAUGUGUGAAACCUCAUGCCAAAUGGCUCCAAAAACUCAUACAGAUGCUGCAGAAAAAAACUAUGCUUUCAACUCCACCAGCUCCAGUGAUUUAGAGAAUGACCACCUGAGACAGUGUCCCC